AUGCUGGCCUUCGCGCACGAGGAGCCCUCCUCCAUCGAUGCCAGCUGCUACUCGACGACCAGUGGUGCCAGCUCCAGUGUGCAGGCCAACUUUGUCCAACAGGACCUCAUCUGCAAACAACGCGCCCUCGAGAGCUUGGAGCGCAAUUGCCUGAAACGAACUGUCGUGGAGGAACGCAGGCGCUUCACUGAGUUUACCACUUGUCUAGAGCCGGUUCUCAAGUACCCGCCGUUUCCCCACCUAGCCCAUUGCAUUUCGCACCCACACUUACUCUCUCGUUUCUCUUCCGCUCAUGGAAACAGAUUAGACAACUCUAUUGUUGGUUCAUGA